AUGUGGUUUAUACAUAGAUAGUGGCGAUUGAUUGAUUGUUUUGUAGACUAUUAAUAUUUAUAUUGGAAUUUAAGGGCCUAAAUAUAUGAAUAGAUGCAUCUUUAACUGAUAUAAUUUAAGUAGAUUUUGAACGUCAUAGAAGCUUUCAUUAUGAUUGAUUUGAUACUAAAAUAAACCUUUAAGGUAGUUCAAACACAAAGCAAUAACAAUUUGGAUGGUAUUAUAAUUUGUAGCUUUUUGGAAUGAUUUC